AUGACCGCUAACAGUUUAUUCGUUGUAAAUCUGGAACGGCUAUGCUCCGAGCAAGACCGCCCCCAUAUUCUCCCCAUUCAGUACUCCUAUGACUGGAUCAAAGACACAGCGCCGUACGUGAAGCCGUUUAGCCUCAAGCUCAACAACUACAUGCGCUCUGUCUCUACUGAUGGCUACAAUAUUCCCGGCGCUCUGGAAACACAUGCCCUCCUUGAUGAGAACUCUAUUACUCUCGACCCGGUGGCAGGUGGUUUCCCGUGGCCAACGUCCAUCCGAUGUGUGCGUCAGAAUAUUCACUGGCAAGCUUCAGUUGAUGGAUACACCAAUAAUUUACGAGCUUUCAUAGAGGACAAGACGGCACAACGCACGCCAAGUCCGGGUGCUUUCACUAUCGCAGACAUGGCUCGUAAAGAGCUGCUGGUCUGUUGGAACUCGGCCAAGUUCUCUAUCGGAUCGAAUCUGGAUUUGCGAGAGCCCAGAUUGGCGCGAUUUGUGCGCAUCUUUUCAGACCAUAUGCUUCAGUCCAACGACAUUGCAUCCUACGAUAAGGAAAUGCGGUACUGGAGAGAGGGAAAGGCCAAGCAGUUUCUCACCACCAACGGCGUUGUCAUUCUUGCUAACUUGCUAUCUACUUCCGGGGAUGACGCCGCCAAGGCGGUUGCAUACGCAUACCAGAUGGAGAAGGAGAGGCAAAUCGACGCAGAAUUAGGCGCACUGUUGUCUGGGGACUUUUCUGCCCAAGAAUGGCGGCUGAUCUGUGCCAUGUUGUACUGCGUGACUGGGAAUAUGAUAUCUGCCGUUACCAUGAACAGAUACUCCGGGGAUGAGUCAAAGCUUCCUGAUGGCGUGAUCAAACCGGCAUAG